AUGGAUAGCAGAACUGAAUUUGCUGGAAGAAUUCAUUUUUUUGAAUAUUUUUCUCUUGAAAAAUUUGAAGAGUACUUAAUCAUCCAAUAAUCAUCAUAGAUCAUUAAGAAAUGCCUUACAAUAUUCAAUAGGAAUAAUUACACAAUAAGAUCGAUUUAUCUAAUAUUUUCAAUAUACAAAAGAAAUAGCAUUUCUAAUUGAAUUCUGUAUUAAUCUACCUUAUGCCUUAAAGUAUAAUACUUCUUAUGCUGAAUAUUUUUAUGGAUUCUACUUAUCUGAAUAAAAACAAAAUAAGAAGUUUAAACGAAUUGCUACAUUGAUGAUAAGAAUUUUGAUUCCUUACAUUUUAUAAAAAUUACAUGAGUAUUCAAUCAAUCCAAAUUCAAAUAGAGGGAAAAAAAUAACUCAAUAUUUAUAUAGAGGAUUUAAAUUGAUUGAUAUUCUAAUGAAAUUUCAAUACUUAUUAAAUGAUGAACAAAAAAGUUAUUCUGUUUUUUAUUAUUUGAUUAAAUAGGAUCUCAUUAGAUUUAAAAUGGAAUCUCCAUAUAAAUAUGGAAUGCUAUUUGUUUAUUUGGGAUUGAAAUUUUUAGAUUUCUAUUUUUCUAAAAAGAAUAAUAAGGUUUAGUAAAAGAAUUAGAUAAUACAAGCACCUAAAUAGGUAGAUUCAAAAAAUGUUUAGAAAUAUUGUCCAAAAUGCAAAAGAAUCCCAUAAAUACCUAGCGUUUUAAAAACAACAGGAUAUGUAUAUUGUUUAGAAUGUUUAUAAUAAAUGGUAAUUCAGAAUGA